CAGCCUACAGAAGAGCAGGCUGAGAGGGGACUUGGUAGCAGCUUACCGCUACAUCGGGGAGUACAUCAAGGGCUCGGUGAACAGCUGUUCACCAGGACACCACCAGGGAAGACCAGGAGCAACGGGUACAAACUCCUGGAAGCCACGUCAGGUGCAAGUCCAGGGAAAACUCCUCCAGAGUCAGGGUGACCAGACUGUGGAAUGAAAUCCCUCCAGGGGUGGUGCAGUCACCUACCCUGGACAUCUUCAACAGGAGACUGGACAGUCACCUCGCUGGGGUCACUUGACCCCACUUGUCUUCUCCUGCCUAGUGCGGGGGGCUGGACCCGACGAUCUACCAGGUCCCUUGCAGCCCCUGACAGUCUCUGAACCAGUGUAUGAAUCUAUGAAAACCUGCCCCCAGCCCCGAGAGACACCUCCGUAACAGCAGAGUCAGGAGCACGCGCGCUCCGCACACAGCCGGGCCCCUCGGAGAUACCCCAUGUGCUGGGCACAGCACGCGGGCCCAGACACAAUGCUCUCGGGGGUUGGUGGGCCGGGGCGCGCCAGCCUGCCCGAGCUGGGCUCUAGCAGAGACAAGGGCGUGCCCUAGCCAGGGCUGGGGCAGGCCGGCUCCGGCGCUGCCAAGCCCAGGGGCCGCCGGCGCCAGCGGCGCUCUGGAAACGGGCUCCCACGCUCACUUCUGCUCAGCAUUUUCCUUUUCGUCUAAACCCGGCGCUGCUGUGCCACCCGCUUCCCCCCUCCGUGGCGCGUCGCCUUCCUCCUUCCUCGCCUCUGGCUCUUACACCAUGGGUUAUUUGGAAAGUGCCAGCUGGGGGCACGAACGGGAGGGUCCCCCUCCCUGAGCAAUCCUGCUAAGCCGCGGCACCGUCCCCCCAGCUCUUGGCAAGGGCCUCGGCCCCUGAACCCGGGCAGGAGGAAGCCCUGCGGACCUGGGAGCGGGACCAGGACCACUGUGCUGGGUGCCCCCGGCCUGGCCACCCCAUUCCUUGUAAAAGUGCUGCUGAGCGCCCCUGCUCGUCCCACAUUGCUGCCCCUUUGCAGGUCUCGCUCGUGGGCAGGGGCAGGGCUCAGGGAUGCGCCCCUUGGUGCGGAGACGGCAGAGCCGGAACUGGCAGCACCCCUGCACGCGACCGGCUCCAGCUGGAGGAAGCGCCCAACUGACAAGCGAGCAUCGCGGUGUGUGGGCGGGAAGCAGAGCUCGGCUCUGUGACGGCUCUCAGCAACCGCCCCGUGACAUCAGCCAGCUCGGCCUCCGGGGAAAAACAAGGGUGUCACAGCUUCCCCACAGCACAGCGCACUGCCCUCCAGGCUCCGGCGGGCAGGACACGCAGGAUGGCACGGGGCUGCGCGGCCCUGACACUGGCCCUGCUGCUGCCCCUCUGCCCGUGGGCCCACGGUAUGGGUCUGGGAACUGGAUGCCUGCCCCGAAGUGUCGUGUGAUCUCUGAGUUCUCCUGUGACCUCACCAACGAGACCUUGGAGCCCACCAAGCGCUACUACGCCCAGGUCAGGGCCGUCUCUGGAAACCGCACCUCGGCAUGGACCCGGACGAAUGCUUUCUCCCCAAGAGAAGCGACUCUGCGCCUCGCCGGGGUUCAUCUGUCAGUGACGGGCAACACCAUCCACGUGAGCGUGCAGCUGCCCCUGCGUGUGGGCAAUGUGACCGUCUCGUACACGGAGUUGUACAAACACAGCAGACAGUACCUUGUGCUCGUCAACAGGACCUCAGACCACGAGCAGGUCCAGUACGUGUGCACCACCGAGACGAUCGUCAUCUCCGACCUCUCCUGGGGCGAGCAGUACUGUGUGCGCUUGCAGCCGCGCAUCAUCUCCAGGCCGAACCCCGGGAUAUGGACUGAAGAGAAGUGCAUCUCCAUCCCCGUCAAGGAUGAGAAAAUGGAGCUGAUCUCCACCAUCGUGGGCAUCGCCCUGUUCAUCUUCGUGGCCCUGGUCCUUCUGGGGACGCUCUUCAUCUGCAUGUACAUAAGGAGGCCCAUGGGGACGCCGGCCGUGUUGAAAUCCCUCAUCAAGCAGAGCACCCUGUGGGCAGAGCAGGAGCACUUCUCUGGCGGGGGCAUGGACAUCAGCACUGUCCGGUCCCUGUCCAUGUGCCCCAAGGACACCGCGCAGCGUGCCCGCCUCGACAGCAGCUCCGAGAUGGCACUGCCAGUGCUAGACGAGGACUGCAUGGUGCACGGAGACCAAGAGUGCCUGCUGCAGUGUAGCGCCCUGCCCGCGGGUGACAGCAGCUGCAGCAGCACCGACAGCGGCAUCUGCUUGCAAAUCUCCUCAUCCGACCUGAGCCAGCCGCCCGGCUCGGAGAGCCAGGGCUACCAGAGGCAGCUGCCACAGGGCGAUGACAGUGGCAUAAGCCUGGCAAAGUGCCCCCCCAGCCAGAAGGACUACAAGCUGGUGGAGGAAGGGGCCGUGCCAUGCCCCGGGACACAGGGCCUUGCCCCCGCUGCCAGCACAGAGGAGGGGGAGCACGUGCCGUUCCGGGGGUACCUGCAGCAGUCCAAGGGCCAGGUGGAGGGGCGGCUGAUCCUGGACAGUGCCGCGCCUGCCUGGAGCGCUGGCAAGGUGGAUGGGACCCCAGACGUGGGCUCUGAGCCCGUCGCUGCCAAGGGCUAUUUGAAACAGGCCUCGCCGGAGCUUCCCCGCAGCAGCUCCAGCGUGGCCAUUGCCCUUGGGGACCAGGCCCUUGCUCAGCAGCUGGCACCUCUGGGCUUUCUGGACAGGUUUGACUCCAGAGCCUGGGACCUGCCCGGCUCCGGGGUACUGGCACCCUCCCCAGAGAUGAAGCUCUUCCCAGACCUGCUGAAGGCACCAUUUCAACUGGGCAUCUUUGACACUGGGCAGCUGGGGGCCCUGCCCCUCAUCUCCCGCCUGAACUCCAGUGAGUGGCUGAGCCUGGACAUCGAGCCGCUGAGCGUGCUGGACGCGGGGUGCAAGGACAGCCGCCUCUGAGCCCGACCAGCCGGAGCCCCACACCCGGGCAGAGGGGCUGCGGGCUCUCGGUCCGACUCCUCCUCACUACUUCGCCCUGCCCUGCCCGCUGGGCCAGCUGCUGCCAUCGACUAUGGCCGACACCUGAAUGUUUACAAGUGGUCCUGAUCGACGUGGCGGGACUGCAGCAGGUCCAGUUGGCAGCCUCAUUCAUGCACGGGCUGCCAACCGCAGGACCCUCAGAGCUGAGAUACCCAAAGGCAGCCUCCCGGGCCCCUCGCAGGCGUGCAGAGAACAUCACUACACCCAGGGAAGCGUGUGUGUGGACACAGGGCCCCUGCCAGGCCAUCGGCCCAGAGGACAGGCCCCUGCUCCCUGCCCCUCGCUGCCCUGGGGCUGGCUGGAGCUGCAGGGGCCAGGGCUGAGUCCUACUUGGGAAGCACCGCACCCGACAGUGCUCCGGGGGGGAGGUUGCAUCUGGGGGCUGUCCCAUGGCCACGCACCCAGGUCCAUGCCUGGGUCACAUUGCGAACGCCCUGUCCCCGGCCUGCCCCUGCGCAUGCACAGGCAUUAGGGCCCGUGACAUGGUGCCCCGAGUGCCGGACUCCCGAGGGGUUGCGUUUGCAGAAGGAAGUUCCUCCGCCAUCCCUGGGACUCCAGUGCAGAGACAUGGAAAGCCCCUGGGAGGGCCUGGCUCUCAAGAGCUCCGUGCUCCCAGUAUGGAAAGCGGAUGUGCCCUCCCCACCCGCCUUGGCCCCAACAGCCCUGCAUCAUGAGCAUGAUCUCUGUACAGCUGCUUUCCAGCAGCGGGGGGAUGGUGGUCACGGAGCAGCUGCGCUGCCUCAAACCGAAACAAGCCCACGUACAAGACUGAAGCAGUUAGAUUGCUGCUCUCGCCCCAUGACCUGACGUAGCGAGAGUCCAGGGAGUGUGGUGUGGAGAGCAGGGCGCAGCCCUGGGCCUCAGCCCCACCGCUCUGCUUCAGUGACAAGAGCUGAGCGUAGAAGAGGGGGGGUCUGGCAGCAGUGCUUGCCGAGGGGGGCUAGCCCCGGCCACCCAGGAGCUCAGGCACCAGAAACGAAGCACUGAGCCCAGAACCACACCAGCCCAAACGCUGCCCCAGCUCCCACUGGGAAUGUCACUGCCAGGGGCCUGCCGGAGGUGAGCGGAGCAGCUCGGGCACAGCACCCGCCAGGCCUUGUGCCCCGCGUGUCCUCUCCCUGCUCCAGCACGGGCUGUGACGCCUGCAAAGGGCCAUGCAGCUGUCGCAUGUUGCUAUGGGGGUGGCACAUCCAGGAGAGCUGCGUGCUGUUGCCUGUGUGAAACGUGUUGCCUGGUUUGUACAGAGAACUGUUAUUUAUUGUAUUUAAUUCAUAAAUCUAUAAAGGUUA